AAUCUGAAACCGUAGCGAAACAAAGCUCCGCAGGGAAAACCGAUUAGUGAGGAAAAAUUAAACUAGAAUUACUACUGAUCAUAACCUAAUAAUACCAAACAAAGUAACUAUGGAUCCCGAUAAUUUCAACUCAUAUCUAGGGGCUACAAUCAUCGGUAUUGAUAGCGAAGGUGGUGUAUCAAAUGAUGUACCCGUUUGGAUGAGAGAUUUUAUAAAUAGAGCGUUAACUGCUAGUGGUAUUAGAACAAAGAAGAAAGUAGCUUCAGAAGAAGCUAUAGAAAGUUUAGCAAGAGUUGAUUUUGAAUGUUUAAAAGAUAAAGAUUGUCCUAUUUGUUAUGAUGCAUAUGAAACUCCGCUUCAUCCUGAAAAAUCAAAGAGUCCAAGUAAUGAAGGUUCUCAAAUAUAUCUGAUUGGUGAAAAUAUAUCUCCAGAAUUUGAGAGAAUAUUAAUAGAAGAUAAUAAUAUACUUACAAAUUUACAUGAAAGAUAUAAUAUAAAUAAUGUUGAAUCAAUGUCUAACAGAUUAAAAUUUAAUGACCCAUCAUUAUUUUUACCAUCAGAUGAAGGAGCAUCACAUUAUUUUAGAUUUCCAGUUAGAAAUCUAUCUAGUCUAGAAAAUAUUGUGGAUGAAGAUAUGUUUCCUGGAUUCUUAGAUGAAGAAAAGGCAAAACAAGAGAAAAAGAGAAAACUUGAAGAAUUCAAGAGUGAAGGUCAUAUUCCUGUAAAAAUGCCAAGUUGUAAUCAUAUAUUUGGAAAAACUUGUAUUGUGGAAUGGUUAAAAUCGAAUGUUAGUUGUCCAUUAUGUCGUUCUGAAGUAGAAGCAUCGGUAGAAGAGAACCCAGAACAAAAAAGGCUUCGUGAAAUACAGCAUAACAUAGUUUCUAACUAUAAUUCUGAAGAUGAUACCUUACAGCAUUUACUUUUACAUUCAACAGAUAUAUUUAAUCCAUUCAGGAGACCAUUUAAUCCAUUGGUUACCCCACUAACUGAUUCAUACAUGCUCCAAGAUUGGGCAACUCCUUAUGAUGAGAAUUUUGUUAGAGUAGGAGUGAGGGAUCCUUCAUUGAUUUUGCCAAGGAGAUUUCCGUUUCCAGAACCAGCACUUCUUAGAAGAGGCAGAAAUGGAUUAAUGAGUAGAGAAGAAAGAGAUAGAACAAGAGAAAGGAGAAAUGCUAAUAAUAACAAUAAUGUCAAUAAUACUGCAAGAGGUGGUACUAACACUACAAUUCCUGGUAACAAUGUAUCUGGUAAUUCCAGUAAUAUUCAUACCAAUAAUACAGGAAAUUCUUCAUCAACAAAUGAUUUAUUAAGAAAUGUGAAUUUAAAUCCAGUUGUUCGUGAUAGUACACCACCGCCCCCGCCCGCUCCAGCAAAUACAGCAUGGGAACGUAGUAGUCUGAAUAGUAGUGGUGAAGAGUCGGUUAGUUCAAUGAAUCUGAUUUUAGAUUUUUUAAAUGGUAGUAGAGAUAGAGAAAUGCAAAAUCAACGUGAAAUAAAUAGAGAUAGGAUUCAAGACAGAGAAAUUAACCAAGGCGUACUCGAUGCUCGUAGCCGAACUAUAAAUAGAACUGGGGGUCCAGAAAGGAAUUACAGAUCAUCACCUAGAGACAGAUCUCAUCCUUACUCUAGACCUCAAAGCGAAGAAUAAUUUAGACUAUAUAGUAUUUUGCAAUAUACACAGGAUAAAUGACAAAUAACA